UUGAAAGCUGUCGCCACCAUUCCCCAUGCGUAUUUUUCAGCUGGUCGACUACAGGAGAAACUAUUCUCAUUUCUUUCCUGUGUAUUAUACAUGUAUUUAUCGAAUGAUAAGUAUUUACCCUGUGUGACUUAUGAAAGAAUAACAGUAUUUGAUAUUCAGGGUUUAAUAUUAUUCAAAAUAUAAUAGUAAUUGGCGACGUUUCGGGCAGUACCCUUUUUCUAGCCUUUAAAAAACAAUAUUGUUUUUGAAUAUUGUUUUGAAUUUUGUUUUGAUUGAAACUUCUUGUGAGGUUGAGGAAUCAGAAAUAGCUAUGGAGGUGGCAAAAGGCAGUCCCAGGGUUUUCUCUGUGGCAUUUGUUGGGGGAUUUAUAUUAAGAGGGAUAAAAAAAACUAAAUUGUGAAUUAUGCUUAUCUAAACUGAUUGCAUCAGAUUUAGAUAAGCAUAACUUAUUUGUAUCUAAUAAAGAAUGGAGUGAUAAAAAUAAUGUUCUAAUAUACCCCAGUGAAGACUUCACCAUUAUUGCCUGGGGGGCCCCGCAUAGGUGGAUCUGUUGGCUACGCUAAAUCCGCUUAAAAAAGAGAUUUGCCCUUUAAGAAGUAGUAAUAUAAAAGAAUAGAUGUCAUGUCUCAGGUGUAUCUGUGUUAUAUGCUAAUUUUAUAUGAAAAAUCAAAUUGAAAUGUUUAUGUGGUUGGUUUGAAUCGCCUUAGUAAUUCUGAAAAUUAACUUAUUUGAAUACCUAUUUAACAUGUGUAAUUUAAUUUUUAAAAAAGCUAUAAGAAUGUCGAGACCAGCUACAAGAGGAUCGCGACGCGUAGCGGCCAAUCAGGAGGAUCAAGUAUCAUCAUCUGGCUCAAGUGGGAGGCGUACAACUCAGAAAUGUAUGCAGUAUUUCAUCACCGCCUCAUUGCCGGAGAAUUUUCCCGCGACAGAGAACCCCCGUAAAACUUUCAGGAGGAAAUUGGAGAAGCAAUUGAGGAUCUCAAUACAGGGCGAACAACAAGAUCAGCAGCUGGAAAUUGUCACGUUUUGUGUUGGUAUGGAGCCUUACGAAACUACCGAUUUAGAUGGAGGUGAUUCGGACGAAGAAUACAUCUCCAAUUACAGCGCUAAUGGUGAGCUGUUAUUUUUAAAUCAGUCGUCCAAUUCUUCUUUGGAGAAUCGACUCGCCAAAUUUCACAUCCAUUCUUAUACGCAAUUCAAUGUUAAAGUUGAUUUCGAAAUAAUGAGGCAGGUCGUUUUAAGUAUGGAUGAUGGAAAUUGGGCUGCUGGUUUGGACAUUCAAUCUGUAAAAAAUAAGAGCAAAGUCAUAAAAUAUAUUACUAAGCUGGAUACGAAACCCUAUAGUAAUAUGUCCACUUCAACCUUUUCUUUUCAAUACCAAAUAUACAUGUGGGCGUAUAAUAAUUAUAAAAAUCCUUAUAAUCCGCUCGAUCCCUUUGUCAUAAAAAAUCAAAGGAGCGCUAAUUUUUUUACAGUCAUAUUUAGCCGCAUUCUCGCGAAAAAUGGAGUCUGCCGUUGUGCCCUCUCUCCAGCCUUUAACUUUAACAUAUAAUUGUCCUUGGACAAUAGAGGUUACUAAUUGGUUCAACGAAAAGCUGAGGACCUUUCGUCAUAAGGAUCCUCAGCUAUAUCUGUGGGGUGACAGUAACGUUGGCAAAUCGUAUUUUGUUGAAAAAAUAUUGGUGGGAAGUGAAAAAAGUCAAAGAAUAUAUUAUCCUGAGAGAUCGAAAUGGGCUUUUUCCACGUUGGACGUGUCAUUUCACGAACUUAUUUUAUUCGAGGAAGCUGAUUUUUCGAAUAUUAGCCACGGAAACUUGAAAAGGCUAUUAGAAGGAUCUUCGUUUUCUGCCGAAGUAAAAUAUGGAAAUCAGAAAGAUUUUGCUUGGGAAAAACCCAUAAUUUUCGUCUCGAACUAUCCGCCCCAGCAUUAUUCCGUAGAUCAGGCUCUUCUCAAUCGCCUGAAGGUCGUUCAUGCGACAGAGCCGUACUUCAUAAAUUAUAGUCGGUGUUAUUCCGUGAAUAUUUCCGAGGAGCCUCGACAGUCACCUCCUGUCCCCGAUUCGUCUAUAGUGAAUAAUGUAAAUAAUGGCGCAAAUCUAGUUCCUGAUGAAUUUACUUCGGCAGUACGAAACUCUCAGGAUACUUCAUUUUCCACCAAUGUUAACGUACAAUUUACUAGGCUGAGACCUAACAUUAGGCGUCAGGAGAAUAGUUGAAAAGGAAAGGUUGAAGUGAAAUAUCUAUCUCGUGUAUCAAU